AUGAGUGACUAUGAACCCUAUCUGAGGGAGGUCGCCCAAACAGCUUUGCGCUUCUAUUCGGCAGUGGCCAACGUCCAGGUUGCUCUGGGUGAGUACAUUAGGGAACUAUCCUGGGGAGACUGGGAUAUCCACGAGGGAGAUCAGGAGACCCCCGAGGACCUCAAAGGCACCCGGGACCUGGCAGCGGCUAGAUCCUCCUUGGAAAUAGAGCUUGCCCAUGUCGUUGAACUUCGUCAGGAUUUCGUUCGUGCCUGGUACACCCAACCUGCGGAAUCGAUCUCCAGCCUUGAAGAUCGGGUGAGGGACAAUCCGGCUCUAGAACAAAUUGUUCCACAGAUUGAAGGAUUCAGCCUGGAGCUCGACGAGAACCACCACGAAAUGGUGGUCACGCUCGACGGUAUUGAAGAUGCGCUGAAACAGUUUGGACACCAAAUGUCCGAAUCUGGAAUGGGUCUCUGGUGA